AUGAUAAAUCAUAGAUGUUACUUUUCUUUGCGUACAGCCAUUUCGUUUAAAAGAUUACGACCGACCGACAUAUCUAAUAAAAAUUGGUUUGCAACAAGCGCACGCCAAGAUAACUCGACCAUUGCUCUAUUGAAACGUCUUCGCUCAGAGACCCAAGUAUCUAUCACAAAAGCAAAAGAAGCUUUACAAGUUAAUGAUAACGAUUACGAUAAAGCGUUACAAUGGUUAUUAGAAGAUGCUAAGCGUAGUGGCGCAACAAGGGCAGAGAAGGUGAAAGGACGCAUCGCAAAAGAAGGUUUAAUUGGAAUUGCAUUAAGAGAAGGAGGAGGGGCCAUAGUUGAGGUAAACAGUGAGACUGAUUUUGUCUCGAGAAACAAAAUAUUUCAGGAUUUAGUUAUUCGUAUCGCAACAACGGCUCUAUUUCUUUCAUCCGACCUGUCACCUCGCGCUGCACGCCCACGCGUUACCGAUAUCCCCAUCUCUUUUCUCGAAUCGAGCCCACUUCUUCCUCACCCAUCAGCGACAACGGCUGCUUCAGCGCCAUCAAUGACAGUAGCAGAAUCUAUAGUUGAUACUAUUGGUAAUUUAAAAGAAAAUAUUAAUUUGAGAAGAGCAGCCGUGGUCGACGGUGAAGGAGCCAUCGUAGCGAAUGAAGAUGUCAAAAAGCUUGCUCGUGGUUUGGCAAGACAAGUUGUAGGUUUAAGUCCGAAAUACAUUGACGAAGCGAGCGUUAAGCGCAUUCCAUAUGACGUAGACAAACGCGAAUACCUUGCAGAGACUGUGUUAUUAAAUCAGGAUUACUUACUAGGUGGAGGCUCUGUCAGUCAAAUCUUGCAGAAGGCAGGAGAGGGAUUGGGUGGUGUGAAAUUCAGUAUCUUUGAUUUUGUUAGGUGGGAAUGUGGUGAGGGAAUAGAAAAACCAGUGGAAGAUUUUGCAACAGAGGUUAUGAAACAGGCAAAUCUCUCUCAAACCCACUAA